UGGCAAGAGGGUGGCACCACCUGAGACGACUCCAUUCCUACGAUUCGCACUCCUGUAGCUGCGUGGGACCGUUAGACAUUCUGCAAUAGGAACCAGAAAUCGCCAGCGACACCCUGCGAUGGGCUUCUUCGACCGCAUCUUCGACUCGGACCGACACCAUGACCGACAUCAUGGCCUCACCGACGAGCUAUCGCGCCUACUCCCCACUCACCGCGAGACCAACAUUCCCUCCGCCUUCCCCGCCAAGGCAGUGACCUUCGUCGCGCUCCGCCUCAAGUACCAGCUCGAACAAGUGAUUCCAUGUGAACUCCCCGAAGAGCGCAUCAUCGCCCCUCACAGCAAUGUCAUCACGCCCGCCGUGAUCAAGACUGCCAAGUCUGCCGGCAAAGUUUCCGGCUCAGACGAAGACUAUGGCUCAUGUGUGGUAUACUGCUUGCUGAUCGUCAAGCACUGGUUCAAGAGACAGGCCAUUCUCGAGCUAUGGGAUGCCGAUCUACACGAGCUGCGCGCAACAGCUUGUGAGAUGAUCGCUAAGCACAUCAUUGAGGAAGAGGACGAUAUGAACUACCUCAUGCAAGAAGUGCUGCUGAAGCGCUACAGCAUUGUUGUCGAUGGCGAGGAUACACACCCUGCGAAUGCCAUAGAAAAGGCCGUCGACUUGCAUGCUGUUCGCGUAAUAGGCAGCUCAGGCUAUCAAAAGUGCAUAUCUCACUUGUGGCGAGGCUGGCUGGUGCAGGACGAAGAUGACCCGAGCAGAUUCACCGAUUACAAGCUCAAGACGAGCACGAAUUACUGGGACCACUUCGAUCCCGACCGUAUGCGUGUACCGCAAUACCAGAAUGCCCUGCAGAUCGGGAUCACGGUUGCUUUCCUCGGCCUCUACACGGGCGCCAUCAAUACCAUUAACGCAGGUGGUGAGCUCGACAUAGUCGAAGGCUUACUCUAUCUCUUCACAGCUGGUUUCCUCUGCGACGAGAUCUCCAAAUUUCUCAAAAUUGGCAGAUACUAUUUUGGCUUCUGGAACGUCUUCAACCUAACCUUGUAUUCCCUCCUGACCGUGUCCUUCGUGCUCCGCAUGAUAGCUCUCGGCUACGAUUGGCAUUCUCCACGCCGGGUUCACCUCAAUACUCUGUCCUACAACUUCCUCGCGUUCAGCUCUCCGAUGUUCUGGACCCGGCUUAUGCUCUAUCUUGACAGUUUCCGUUUCUUCGGCGCCAUGCUUGUCGUGCUGAAGGUCAUGAUGCGCGAAUCUCUGAUCUUCUUCGCUCUCCUCAUUGCCGUGCUGGCAGGCUUCUUCCAAGGCUUCAUAGGAAUGGACCAAACCGACGGAGAGAUUAGCGCUUCGAACUUCAUCGUCAAGAUGAUGCUCAACGCCAUCAUGGGCUCGCCAGAGUUCGAUGGCUGGGAAGACUUCGCUCCUCCAUUCGGCAUCACGCUUUACUACAUCUACAACUUCGUCAUUAUUGUCAUUUUGCUGAACAUCUUGAUCGCUUUGUAUAACAGCGCAUACGAAGACAUCACCGGAAAUGCGACAGAUGAAUACCUGGCUCUCUUUGCACAGAAGACUAUGCAGUUCGUCCGCGCGCCUGACGAGAAUGUCUUCAUCGCACCUUUUAAUCUCAUCGAAAUUGUUUUCCUGAUCCUACCCUUCGAAUGGUGGAUGUCGAGAAAGCGAUACGAGCAGCUCAAUGACCUGGUCAUGGGAGUCAUAUAUUCUCCUCUGUUGCUCAUCACGGCUCUAUUGGAGACACGAACUGCGCGUCUGGUCCGCUUCAAUCGCAGCAGGCAUGAAAGCGACGAUGACACGAUUGAGGAGUGGGAGCAACUGGAGCCUGAGCUGGAUGUUGAGGGAACGGGCUGGUCGAAGAGAGUGGAGGAGACGUCGCCAGAUGUUGUGGUUGACGGGACAUUGUUGGAGGUCAGGAAGCUCAGAGAUGAGAUUGACGAGCUGAAGAAGAUGAUUCGAGAACUGACGCCAGAGCCUCAAAGCCAAGGGAGUAGCAGUGGAGCGGACGGGCAAGCGAAUGGAUCCUAGCCGGGGCAUCGUGUCUAGGAGGACGUGGGCGUUCAGAGAAGUAACAGCUUACUUUCUGGGAGGUGGGAAGGGUCUUGAGAUCUGGUUCUACCCGCCUGCGAUGUGAUGAACUGAUGCCAGAUGCGCAGCUCUUGCGAAAGCACCUUCUCUAUCUGCUACUCCCUUGGUCUACUACUGUCAAGAUCUCGGGUUGAUCGCAGAAAAUCAAGCACCAUGAACUAAUUCCUGCGCGUCUCUCAUUUAAGUAGAGAAGAUUUCAGAAGUGGGCCUCCCAUCACCUCAGUAUGUCCGCCCUGCUCAGACCAGACAACUGAGCCACUUGCUCGCUUCACGUCUAUCAUACCACCAGACAAGCAAUCCGAAUUGAAAUGCAAUGAAGAAUUCUGCCGCUUCCAACAGAGUUUGAGGACGGAAUGUAUCGGCUUUGGCAGUCCAUUCGAUGCUACCCAAAACAUCUUUAAACUCCAAGACGGCUCCACGAUGGUACAUGAUCAUCAGAAUUGCAAGUGCGUAGGCUCACUCUCA